AUGUCUCGUCAGUUUAACUCUACCACCAUCCCAGAGGGAUCUGUGCCUCCAGAUCCAAAGAGAACUGGACGAGUCCCCAGGCUUACACGGAAACGAAAGAGUGAAGUAUUAGAUGCUGUAGAGAAGACACCUGAAACACCAGUUACACAACAGACACCACCACCUCCAGCAAAUACAAAUACCAUACACCCCAUUACUAAUGCUCUAAAGAAAGUGAGGAAAGAGACCUCUGAACCCCCUACACCUAAUACUUCACCAACUGCUUCGUCCAGUACUACCUCCACACAGGGACGAACAAGAAGAGGUUUACAAGAUAGAAAAUCUGGUGGUGAAAAAGAUCUCAUUGAAGAGACCACCAGUACUCCUGAAGUCCCAGAGAUCGAGUUCAAGACGGAGGAAGGGACACCAAGUUCAAGUCGAGGCCGUGGAAAGGGAAGAGUUUCUAACGAAGAGGGUAUUAGUUCUUCCCUCAAUAAUUCCAAUAAUUCACCGGUCAGUGGCUCGGGGAGAAGAGGCAGAGGAAAGGUUGAGGGAGAAAAAGAGGGAACUUCAGAACCUGAGGCAGGCAGCCGACAGAGGCGUAACAGCGCGAGUUACAGGCGACACUUACCUCAGUCUGAACCAAAACGAUCACAGCGCAUCUCCAACUCCCGGGAUGGUAGUCUUGAUUCUUCCAGUACUGUCAAGAAGGGGAAACAGAAGACAAUUCCUGAAAUGCUAAAAAGGCAAGAAAGUGUACCCAUGACUAAAGCUUAUCCAAGUAGAGGAGGAAAGAAGGAAGAUUCAGACAUAGGAUUCACCAAAACAGUCUCUGAGGAAAUUGACGUGGAAUCUAUAGACUCUUCGUCACAAGACGUCCCCUCAGAGCAACUUUCAUAUCAGGGGCAGGACGGGAUGGAAGAUGCACUAUCAGAAACAGCAGACAAUGAUAUUGAAAUGGAAAAUGUGGAAACUCCUGAAGCAGAUGGGGAAGCUGAUGAUUUGGAAGAUUUAAAUCCAGAAGAAGCCUUAGUAAAUCCUGUUCAUAGUGAAGUUGAAGAUAUUCCUGCAGAUGAAGAAUUGAGUGAUGACAUAGAUGUAGAAAAUAUUGAUGAAGAUUUUGUGGAUAAAGACAAAAUUGAUGAGGAUGUAGACAAUGAGAGUCAUGAAGACAAUAUCAAAAGCUCUGAAAUUUGUGAAAAAGUUGAUGAAGGAAAGGAAGCCACUGAUAGUACAAAUGAAGAGUCAUCAUUAAAACUUGCUGUCGUGGAUAAUUCAGCAGAACCUACUGUAUUGAAGAACUCUGAUGAGACAAUAAGUGGUGUCAGUAAAGAUGCUACUCCUAUUAAUAUUUCAACUGAAGAAAUAAAAAAAAUUACCACUAGCAUUGAAGGUGGUGAUGCUGGAAUGGCACUUAACGAAGAGUUGGUCAAAGAAGUUUUGGUUGAUAAUGAAUCGAGUUCAGCUGAAGGUUUGGACAAAGAAGUGAAGCUCAGUGAGAUUACAGAAGUGAAGGUAACAAUGGCAGACUCAGAACCUGAUGGUCAUGUUACAAGCAAACCAACUGAAGAAAUUGUACUUGAGGAAAAUAAGGAUACACCAGCAGGGGACACACUUUCAUACGCAUCUCAUUAUUCAUCUAAUUUACUCAAUGAUACUGAUUGUCCAGUAGCAGAGUUGGAACAUUCAGCAACCCCUGGAACUGAGGAUAUGCUUCCUGAAGAAAGUGCUACUGUAGCAAUUGGAGAAAAAGCACUUGAAGAAAAUCCUACACAACAGUCUAAUGAUGAAUCCCAAUCAGUAUCAGGAGAAAAUGUUCCCAUAAUGGCCAAUGAAGCUGGAAGUGUUGCUGUUCCAUCAGAAAUGGGAAUCACUCCUUCUCAGGAAGUCAUAUUGAAGCUCAAUCCACUGGGAGAAGGCGUGAGGAAAAGCAAGAGGUUAAGUCGUAAUAGCUCGCCCACAUCCCUUGCCAUUGCUGCUCCAAGAUCUCCCGAGGAUGCUGGUAAAAACCAGUCUAAACCCAUCGGUACACAGUCGGCCUAUGUUGUAAGUAAACAUUCUUGA